CCAGGAUGUGUCCUCCUGGGGAAACGGAGGAGCCAAAUGGGCAGAGGGACCUACCAACUCCCCGGCGGGCACCUGGAGUUCGGUGAAUCAUGGGAGGAGUGCGCGGUCAGGGAAGUGCUGGAAGAAGCCGGAGUGCACUUGGUGAACGUGCGCUUUGCCUCGGUGGUGAACUCCAUCCGGCUGGAGGAGCAGUACCACUACGUCACAAUUAUCAUGCAGGGAGAGCUGGACAGGAGGAGGUCGGGGGAGCCCGAGAACCUGGAGCUGGAGAAGAACGAAGGCUGGACGUGGACACGCUGGGAUCAGUUUCCGCCUGAGGAACAGCUCUUCCUGCCGCUGGCUUGUCUAAGAAAAGAGGGUUUUCAACCAUUCAUCUGAAUCUAACAGUCACCAUGGAAACAUUUUAGUUUACCAAAACAAAAAAAACUUUUUUUCUAAACCUUUAUAUUGUGUUUGGGUCAAAACAGACCCCUUUUCACACUUGAAAGUGGGUCAUUUUCAGCCGAACACAGUAAAAGGCUUAAACAUUUCACUUAUUGGAAUCCAGAUUUUCAUCAUAUACCGCAUAAAAACCACAGAUGUGCUCAAGAAAACAUCACGUUGGCCUUAGUGACGCCCGCUGCUAACACCAACGUCCAGAAGCUAGCGGCCACGGUGACCGCGGCUCCACUGAAGGUCUUGUCGUGGGCGUAGGUGAUGAUGUGCAGAGCUCCACUGUAGGCCUCCUCGCAGGUCGGCUGGAUCUGGUCCUCUGGGAGCUCGAAGCCGAAGUCCCCUUUGUCCCUCAGCUCGAAGGUGUAGGUGUAGGGGAUCCCCUGCAUCCGAGCCCAGUCUCUGGAAGAGCCUGAGUUGGGGU